AUAGCUCGUUCGUUCCUCUUUAAUUAAUUAAUUGGUAGUAAUAAUCAGUGUUUUGUCUGCCUUCUCCUUUCUCUUCAAUCCGAUGGGUUUGGUGGGGAGAUUUUAAGUAAAGCGUGCGAUUUUUAUUAUAUCUAUAUAUAAAAAACAGACAUCCUCUGUAACUCCUGUGUUCUUGCCUCUUCUUCUUCUGCUUCUGCUUCUUCUUCUUCUUCUCCUUCUUCGUUAAUCGCUAUAUAUGUUGUUGGUCUUUCAUUUGUAAUUCUGUAUAUAUAUAUAUAUAUAUAUAAAUAGUAGAAAAGUUAGUUUCAUCCUUUUCUGGUUUCUCUUAAGCUUCUGAUCCGACGAAAGAAAGACAGCGCUCGCUUGUGUUUUGAACAAAAGAUUCCGCGUAAAUUAACUUGUUUUUUUGAAUUGUGAGGUGAGAGGGAGAAAGAAAGAUACCAUUUCUUUUUACCAAAAAAAAAGACAGUCCAAAGACUUGUGUGGUUUUGGUCUGAAAUCUCUUCUUGUUGUUGUUGUUGUUGCUGUAGUAGUUCAUAUGUGUUAGUUAAUUUGGGUCGUAGGGGUCAGAUACUUGAUUGAUUUCUCUCAAAUCAUUAUGCAUAGAGUACGCAAUAAACCGACCGCUACGGUUAAGCAUUUAAUAAAACAGAGAGGCGGAGGUAGCGACGGAGCUACGGAGUCGGCGAACGAUGAUAAUAGUAAUAACAGUCUCCUGACGGAUAUGCAGGAACCUAGCAUCGACACAGAUAAACUCAGCUACGAGAUUUUCUCCAUUCUUGAGAGCAAGUUUCUUUUCGGGUACGACGACGACAACAAGGACGACCAUCCCAAAUUCAAAUCAGUACCCGAACCCGAACCCGAACCCGCUAAUUCUGUUAAGAACCAGAGGGGUAAAAUCUGUAUUCUGAGCAUCGACGGUGGUGGAAUGAGAGGUAUUUUGCCCGGAAAGGCUUUGGCUUAUCUGGAACACGCUCUCAAAUCUAAAUCGGGCGACCCGACUGCCCGAAUCGCCGAUUACUUUGACGUAGCCGCCGGCUCCGGUAUAGGUGGGAUUUACACUGCGAUGCUCUUCGGGUCAAGAGACGGUAGCCGCCCCAUCUUCACAGCAGAGGACACGUGGCAGUUCCUCACCAAAAACGCCAAGGGUCUUUACGGGUCUUCCGGAGGAAUCUUGAAACGGGUCAUGAGAACAACCGGGUCCGGUACGGCCAAGUUGAAGAAAGUGAUGAAAGAGUCUUUCUCGGAGCUGACCUUAAAGGACACGCUUAAGCCUGUGCUUAUACCUUGCUACGACCUCAAAAGCUCUGCGCCGUUUCUCUUCUCACGCGCCGACGCCCUUGAGACGGACGGCUUUGAUUUUAGGCUCUGGGAGGUUUGUAGGGCGACUUGGGCUGAGCCUGGGGUGUUUCAGCCGGUGGAGAUGAAGUCCGUUGACGGGCGGACCAAGUGCGUGGCCGUUGGUGGAGGAUUAGCGAUGAGCAAUCCCACGGCGGCUGCGAUCACGCAUGUGCUGCACAACAAGCAGGAGUUUCCCUUUGUGCGAGGAGUCGAGGAUCUGCUUGUGCUGUCUCUUGGUAUGGGUCAGUUGCUUGAUGUUAGCUAUGAAUACGACCAGAUUAUCAAGUGGACUGCUAAGCAUUGGGCUCGCCCCGCGGCUCUUAUAUCUAAUGACAGUGCUGCUGACACCGUCGACCAAGCUGUGGCCAUGGCUUUUGGUCACUGCCGCAGUAGUAACUAUGUCCGGAUUCAGGCCAAUGGGUCGAGCUUAGGACCUUGCAGUCCAAACAUAGACACAGACCCUAGUGGGAGCAAUGUGAAUAUGCUGGUGGGUGUGGCGGAAGAGAUGCUGAAGCAGAAGAAUGUAGAAUCGGUUUUGUUCGGAGGUAAGAGAAUAGAUGAACAAAGCAAUUUCGAGAAGCUCGACUGGCUAGCCGGGGAACUCGUUCUCGAGCAUCGAAGGAGAAAUUGCAGAAUCGCUCCAACCGUAGCGUUCAAGCAAUCCGUCCAUAGGGCAGAUCAGAAGACAAGGGACAAGGAUAUCGGUGUGACCGCAAGAGAACGUUGAAAUAAGAAAUAAUUUAUCUAGGAUUUAAAGCUUUUUUUUUUUUUCUGCUAAACCUUAGUUUAAAAGCUUAGGCCAAAGUUUUAUUUAUUUUCUUAUCAGGUUAUGAUUUGUUGUAUAGAUUUUGUGUUUGAGUUUGAGUAUCCGAAACAUGAUGAGAAAAGGGGAAACAAACACCUACUAUCAUCUUGCCAAAAAGGGCUCAACCUCCUUAAUUCAUGCUGCCAAAAAGAAAAGAAUGACAUGAUUCCUGUAAUUUCGGUUUGUCUUUGUUUUCCUAUAAGCAUCAUUAUUUCUUCU